GCUGAAGGCGGACACAUGACCCCAGCGACCUCGGCCCUGGCCCUUUGUCGUGGACAAGACGCCGCGUGGGGCCCCGCAGCCCUGUGCUGACCGCGCUCGCCGUGACCCAGGACUCGGGACAAUGAGUCUCGCGGACGACCAAGGGCCAUCGGAGAGCAUAUUUGACCUGGACUACGCCUCCUGGCGGAUCCGCGCCACGCUGGUGGCCGCCGGCUUUGCCUUCUACCUGGGCGUCUUCGUGGUGUGCCACCAGCUGUCAUCCUCCCUGAACGCCACGUACCACUCCCUGGUGGCCAAGGAGAAGGUCUUCUGGAACCUGGCAGCCACGCGGGCCGUGUUUGGCGUGCAGAGCACGGCCGCGGGUCUGUGGACGCUGCUGGUGGACCCGGUGCUGGCGGCCGACAAGGCGCACGCCCAGCAGAGCUGGUCCUGGUUCCACGUGGCCACGGCCACCGGCUUCUUCCUCUUCGAGAACGUGUCUUCCUUCCUGGGCUUCCUGGGGCUGGCGGUGAACCUGCAGGCCGGCCACUACCUGGCCAUGACCACGCUGCUGCUGGAGGCCAGCACGCCCUUCACCUGCGUGUCCUGGAUGCUGCUGAAGGCUGGCUGGGCCGACUCGCUGCUCUGGAAGGCGAACCAGUGGCUGAUGAUCCACAUGUUCCACUGCCGCAUGGUGCUCACCUACCACAUGUGGUGGGUGUGCGCGCAGCACUGGGAGGGCCUGCGGGGCACCCUGCACCCGCCGCACCUGGCGCUCUUCCUCCUGGGCAUGAGCCUCCUGACGCUGGUGCUCAACCCCUACUGGACCCACAAGAAGACGCAGCAGCUCCUCAGCCCCGUGGACUGGAACUUCGCGUUGCAGCAGCCCCGGGGCCCCGCCCCGCCCAGGGCCAACGGCCGGGUGCCCCUGAAGAAGGGGCAGUAGCCGCUGGGAGCCCCCCCGCCUCCCGAAGCCCCAGCGCUGCUCCUAAGAGAGGGCUUGGUGGUGCAUUAGUAUUAAUUCCCAAGUCGCCACCAAGUGCCUCCGACAUGACUGCCUCCAGGGGCAGAACUCCGCCUACUGUUGCGUUGUCUGUAAUGGUUCCUUCCUGGGAGCCCACCCUGGGGGCGAGCUGGUCAUGGAAGGUUCCGGGGAGGCGGGGCUGGGUUCGAGUGCAGGCCGACUGGCUUUCUUGCCCUCGCCUUCCUGGGCCUCACAGAUGGCAUUUCCUACAAACAAGGGCGGUCUCACCGGCAGGCAGGCGGGAGGCCGGUGUUGCUGUGGUCGGAGCCCAGCCACCUGUCUGUGGGGCUGCCUGGCUGAGGAGACGUCGUAUGGGAAACGCCCCACACUGGGUCUCCUCAGCCUUCAACCCGCUCUGUUCAAACCUUGUCUGUUCCCUUGGAAGGAAUCGCCCCGACAUAGAAAACCGUGGGACUGGUCUGUCCAGCCGGGUGCAACAGUGCCCUCCAGGGGCCGCGCUGCAGCGGCGCCGUGUGGGUGCACCAGCCCGCUGGGGCGGAGGAGGGGAGUCUCGCAGGUUUUUUAAGGAAGCUGCACAAAACCAGAAUCAUGUGUUCACGAUGAAUCGCUCAGUUGACAAAAUAAGGAAGAUAUUUAAUCC